AUGGACUUAUUUAAUUUCAUUAUCCUUUUCCUGACCCUCCCUUCCUGGGUUCUUUCUCAGGUCACCCUGAAAGAGUCUGGUCCUGGGCUGCUGAAACCUAAUGAGGUUCUAUCACUGACCUGCACCAUCUCUGGAUUCUCACUGAGCACUAGUAAUACUGCUGUCUCCUGGCUCCGUCAACCUCAAGGAAAGGCACCUGAGUGGCUCUCCAACAUAUGGUGGGAUGAUGGUAAGGUUUAUGCACCAUCUCUGAAGAGCCGGCUCACAAUUUCCAGAGACACCUCCAAAAGCCAAGUGUUCUUAACCAUGACCAACAUGAGCCCAACAGACACAGCCAUGUACUAUUGUGCACGACAAACCCAGAGACACAGCCUAGGGGAACGUCUGUUCAAAAACCCAGGUGUCCAGUGUGAGGUGCAACCGCUCGAGUCUGGGGGAGACCUGAGGCAGCCUAGGGGGUCUCUGAAGCUCUCCUGUGCAGCCUCUGGAUUGCCCUUGAGUAGCUAUCACAUGAACUGGUUUCGCCAAGCUCCAGGGAAGGGCCUGCAGCGGGUAUCACAUAUUACUGCUGAUGGUAACACACACUACGCAGGCUCCAUGAAGGGCCGAUUCACCAUCUCCAAAGAUAAUGCCAAGAACACACUGUAUCUACAGAUCAACAAUCUGAGAAAUGAGGACACAGCCAUGUAUCACUGUGCAAGAUACACAGUGAGAGGAAGUUAG